UGGUAUGCCAAACGCAAAUCAUUUUGUCUAUGUUUUCAUUGGUUCAUAUUUUUGCUUUACUUUAUUUUAUUCUGCUCGCAACAAUCAUAUGUACGAUACAACCUUCUGAUUUGUUUUCUUUUUCAAAAAUAUAUGUAGUUAAUUUACAUGGAUUUCCUGGAUGUGCCUCGGUCAUUGAUUAGUGAGGAGACGUUCAACUACUCGCUGCCCAGGGCUUGCUUUGUGUGCAAUGCAGAUUUUGAGCUUGUUAAAGAAUUUGACAGGAACAAGCUCACCCUCGAGAAGGUUGAUUUUGGAAAGCGCAAUGUAAGAGCAGACCCAAUCUUCCUUUUUUUAAAGAUUUCUUUCGGUGAUAAACAUCUUAUUUUCUUCUUUUUGGUGAUUGUUGUAUGCAGCAUCGCCCUUUGUCUCAAACGCCAUAUGCAGUACUGAAGGCGGACAAGCAAUGUGAGGGUCAGAAUCAACAUCAUCCGGCAAAUAUCACUAAUAGAGCUGACAAAGCCAACACUCAACUCAGUGUUGAGGGUGAUUUAGGUGCCAAGUUUCGCGUCUCUCUGGAUGAGUGGUUGCAGCCGCUCCCUUCCUGCCAAGAGUUAGAGAUACCUUUGCACUUGAAGCCUAUAUAUGAGAAGCACAAAAAUCUCUAUACGGCAGAGUUGAAGAAUGUUGUUACCUCUUUUGGGCAGGUCCUGCAGUCAACUUUCUGCAAGCGGUUGGGUCUCAUGUUGAUGGAAGCGCACUCCAAUGCAGUGUCAAACCAUGAGCACAGGAGUGAAGGUUUUGUCGCCCCAAGAGUCAUUGCAACAAGCAGUGUCGAGCGCACGGGAGCGGUGACUUUUGGCACCCCAACAGCCACUGCAGCAGGCAUUGCUAUCCACUCUUCCAAGUGUCCAUUAUCGGAUCCUGAUUCCCGGGCAGAAGCAGGUGCUGAUGAUCAGAACAAGGCACAACCUGGUGGUGUAGUUGCUACUCCCAAAGUAGUGGAGACCGGUGCAUUAGCUGAGAAGGUUGGGGUGGAAGCGGAACAGGGGGCGGGUCAAAGCACAAGCGUUGCUAAGCGUUCCAGGGCUGCUGCGUUGCAACAAGGUGAGAGUAGCAAUCAUUCUCAUGGGAAGGAUUGUGUGGAGCAGGAGGAAGUUAUACAUCAGGGCGGAAAGGUGACCCCCAAAGAUGCUUGCAACAUGGAUCCUUCGCGGGAGCUUCUGAUAAGGUUGAAACACCAGUUCUUUCCCAGGGCACGGUGCAGGCAAUGA